AUACCAAAUCAAAAUAUUCCUUCUCCAUCGACACCAUCAAUCUCAAAAAAUGUUCAGGCAGCCACAUAUGAUGAUUCCUUUGUGGGCUUAACGGGUGGUCAAAUAUUUCAUGAAUUGAUGUUGCGUCAUGGCGUAAAACAUGUAUUUGGAUAUCCAGGAGGAGCGAUUCUCCCUGUAUUUGAUGCUAUAUACAAUUCGACUCAUUUCGAUUUUAUCCUUCCAAGACAUGAACAAGGAGCCGGUCAUAUGGCGGAGGGUUAUGCAAGAGCAAGUGGUAAACCAGGUGUCAUAUUGGUUACUUCCGGUCCUGGAGCAACAAAUGUUGUUACCCCUAUGCAAGACGCUCUUUUGGAUGGUACUCCCUUGAUUGUAUUUUGCGGACAAGUUCCUGUAUCAGCUAUUGGAACUGAUGCUUUCCAAGAAGCUGACGUUGUUGGUAUAAGUCGUGCCUGCACAAAGUGGAAUGUAAUGGUAAAAGAUAUUGCAGAAUUGCCACGUCGUAUUACUGAAGCAUUUGAAAUAGCUACCACUGGUCGUCCUGGACCUGUACUUGUUGAUCUUCCGAAGGAUGUUACUGCUAGCGUGCUUACAAAACCUAUACCUACACAAUACACAAUUCCUUUUCGAGCGUUUAACGAAUCACCUGCAUUAGCAUCUUCUUUAACAAAUACACCUAAUAUUAGACGUGCAGCUGAAAUGAUCAAUAAAGCCAAGCGACCCAUCAUUUAUGCAGGUCAAGGAGUUCUAUCAACUUCGGAAGGACCAACGCGUUUAAGAGAACUAGCGUCACUUGGUAAUAUUCCAGUGACAACAACUUUACAAGGGCUUGGUGCUUUUGAUGAAUUGGACUCUCGUAGUCUACAUAUGUUAGGUAUGCAUGGGUCAGCCUACGCAAAUUUGGCCAUGCAAAAUGCUGACACCAUUAUUGCCUUAGGAGCAAGAUUUGAUGAUCGUGUUACUGGUCGUCUGUCUCAUUUUGCACCAAAAGCCAAACAGGCAGCAGCAGAAAAUAGAGGGGGUAUAAUUCACUUUGAAAUAAGUCCCAAGAAUAUUAAUAAGGUUAUACAAGCUACAACAGCCGUUGAAGGAGAUGUUUCAGAUAAUCUUAAUAGGCUUUUACCACUUAUUGAAUCAUCAGAAAGAAAGGAAUGGUUUUCAGAGAUUGAUGAAUGGAAAAGAAGGUACCCAUGGAAAUAUACCAAACCGUCAUCACCGGAUCAAGUAUUAAAACCGCAACAGGUCAUAGAAGAAUUGGACAAGCAGACAACAGAUUAUAAAGAAAAAGUACUUAUAACAACAGGAGUGGGACAGCAUCAAAUGUGGGCAGCACAAUUUUUUAGAUGGAGACAUCCAAGAACAAUGAUUACAUCAGGUGGAUUAGGUACAAUGGGAUAUGGAUUACCAUCAGCGAUUGGAGCAAAAGUUGCAAGUCCUGAUAAAAUUGUUAUUGAUAUUGAUGGGGAUGCAAGUUUUUGUAUGACAGGAAUGGAAUUAGCUACGGCAUCACAAUAUAAUAUUGGAGUAAAAGUUCUAAUUUUAAAUAAUGAUUUUCAAGGAAUGGUAAAACAGUGGCAAGAUCUCUUUUAUGAAGAAAGAUAUAGUCAAACGAGAAUGGUGAAUCCUGAUUUUGUAAAAUUAUCAGAAUCGAUGGGAGUUAAAGCAUUGAGAAUUCGUACAGAAGAAGAAUUACCAAGUAAGAUGAAAGAAUUUUUAGAAUAUAAUGAUGGACCAAUUGUAUGCGAUGUAAUUAUAGAAAAACACGAGCACGUUUAUCCUAUGGUACCAGCCGGUAAGGCUUUAGAUGAAUUCAUUGUACAUCCUGAUUUGACAAAAUAA